AUUCCUCAAACACCCUUGUUUAAUGUUCGAUGAAUUUACUCAUAAAAAAUUGAAAAAUUAUAUUGCAAUCAAUUUGCAGUUUUUUAUUCAAGGGAAAACGGUCUUCCAACAAACCCACCAUCAUCAUCAUAAUUUGGUUUUUCGUGAUCUCUACUUCUUCAACCAUAAGCGAAAGCUUCAUCUCAACCAAAUUGGAGAACGAACACCCAUCUAAUCUGAAAUUUUCAUGGUCAUUUAAAUAUCUUAUUGAUGUUCAACAAUGGUGGAGCUUCAUAGAUCCACCAAGAACAGGAAGGGAUUCUACGUGAGGAUGAAGUUCUUUCGAACCAGAAAUUCGAAACCAGAAAAACCCUUUUGCUUCAGAUACUUCAAAUGGCUUCUCUGGUUUUCCCUCUCGUUUUACUUCUUCGCUAAGUUUCUCAACAAUCAUGAACCCAGUACGAAUUCGUUGAAAAAAACGAUAAUCUCUCACUCUCAAUCCAAUGUUGUUUCUCGUGCCCUUUCCGAAUCAGUUCCCCAACAACCCAGAAUUAAUCAAGGUUUGUUGAAGGAUUUGAAGGUGUAUGUAUACGAAUUACCCUCGAAAUACAACAGCGAUUGGCUAUCAAACAAACGGUGUAACAAUCAUUUAUUUGCUUCGGAGGUGGCGAUUCAUAAAGCGUUGAUGAAAAGCGAUGUUCGGACGUUUGACCCAUCGGAGGCUGACUUCUUCUUCGUCCCUGUUUACGUUUCCUGCAACUUCAGCACCGUUAAUGGAUUUCCCGCCAUCGGACACGCUCGUGCUCUUUUAUCCUCCGCCGUUGAGCUCAUCUCAUCGGAGCUACCAUUCUGGAAACGAAGCAAUGGAUCCGACCAUGUCUUCGUUGCCUCACACGAUUAUGGAGCUUGUUUCCAUGCCAUGGAGGAUCGAGCUAUGGCUGACGGGAUACCCGAUUUCAUGAAGAAUUCGAUCAUUUUACAGACGUUCGGCGUUAAAUACAAGCAUCCAUGUCAAGACGUCGAGAAUAUCGUUAUCCCACCUUACAUCUCGCCGGAAGAUGUACAGUCAACGCUGUCAAAGUCGCCGAUAGAAGGUCGUCGAGAUAUUUUCGUGUUUUUCCGAGGGAAAAUGGAAGUUCAUCCAAAGAAUGUCAGUGGACGUUACUACAGCAAGCGUGUGAGGACGGAGAUACUCCGGAAAUACGGAAAUGAUCGGAGGUUUUACUUGAAGAGACACCGGUUUGCUGGAUAUCAAUCGGAAAUCGUUCGAUCGGUGUUUUGUUUAUGCCCAUUAGGAUGGGCACCAUGGAGUCCCCGGUUAGUGGAAUCGGUGGCGUUAGGUUGCGUUCCGGUGAUCAUAGCCGACGGCAUCCGUCUGCCGUAUGAAACCACCGUGCCGUGGUCGGAGAUAUCUUUAACGGUGAGGGAGAAAGACGUCGCGAAACUUGGCGCCGUACUUGACAACGUGGCGGCGACAAACCUCUCGGCGAUCCAGCGAAACUUGUGGGACCCACAACUCCGGCGGGCCCUUCUUUUCCACGACGACAUGGAAAUCGGUGAUGCGACAUGGGAGGUCCUUGUUGAGUUAUCCAUGAAACUUGGUAGGUCGUACCGGAGGUCGAGGCUUUCCAGCGAAUAAAAGGUUGACACGUGGUGAGAUUUUGAUAGAAAAAAGUCGUAUGCCAGCUCAUUUUGUUCUGUUCCAACGUGGCAUUGAUAUGUGGGGCCAGGUCUGACCCGGUUGGUGAGUUGGCAAGUUGAAAAAGUGGGCUGGAUUAAGAUGUAGUGGUCCUCAUGGUUCAUAAUGUAGACCUACCUGUCAUUGAUAGGUUAGGUUAUUAUCGCUCUGUGGAUACUUUGGGUAUUAGAUAUAUACACUUAGGCCCCUGUAAAAUAGAAAUCGGCCUUUUUGAGAUAUGAAUUGAACAUGAAAUAUAGAGAAUUUAGUUGAUAUA